AUAAGGAUCAUGCUUGCCCGCUGCCCUUCUCAGACCCGAUUGUCGCUGCGUUUGUCCUCACGGCUGAUGAGCUCUCUGUCACCGCUGCUGUCUACGGAACAGGCGCAAAGCCUUUCGCAGAAUGGGGAGCGUCGCGUGCGCUUCCUGGACGCAUCCUGGUACCUGGACAAGAGCCGCAAUGCUAAGCAGGAAUUUGUCUCGGAGCGUCUGCCAGGAGCCCAGUUCUUCGACAUCGAACAGAUCUCCGACACGAAGUCCACACUGCCGCACAUGUUGCCGAAGCCGGAGACGUUCGAGGACGCCAUGAUGUACCUCGGAGUGGAGAACGACGAUACGGUUAUCGUAUAUGGAGGCAAGCACUGCUUCAGUCCUGCGCGUUGCUGGUGGACGUUCAAGUACUUUGGCCACGAUAAUGUCCACAUCCUCAACGGUGGUAUCACCAAGUGGAAGAACGAGAAGCGCGAGCUCGAGAAGGGAGAGCCACAGCAAGUGGUGGCCGGCGCAUCCUACAAGGCCGAGCCCAACGAGGUGCUUGCGGUGUCGUGGGAAGACGUACUGGCCAAGAUUGACACGGAGACACAGAUCGUCGACGCUCGUGGAGCUGCGCGCUUCUACGCCAAGGAACCUGAACCGCGUCCGGGCAUGCGUGGUGGACACAUCCCGGGGUCUGUUAAUGUCCCAUUCGGCAAGAUUGUCAGCCCAGACGACUACUCGCUUUUCCGCGACUUGGGCGAGAUCAAGAGUGCUUUUGCCGAAGCGAAUGUGAAGAUGGACGAAACUAGCCAGAUCAUCACGACCUGUGGCUCUGGGGUGACUGCGAGUGUGUUAACUUUCGGACUGCAUUUGACUGGCAAGCCCUUGGAAAAAGUUUCCGUGUACGACGGCUCGUGGUCGGAAUGGGGCAUGCGUAGCGACCUCCCCCUGGAAACCGUAGCCAUGUAA